AUGGAGAGCGUGCGCCAGUCAUGUCGGCCUAAACACCAGGUCUUGGUCCUCAAAUGCUACCCACAAUAUCAGAAAGGAGUCCAGGAUGUGAAACCAAAUUCUAGUGAACUCUCUUAUCUACUAUACUAUGUGAGCACACGCCGGAGCAAGCUGACCAAGGUCGGCGCCUUUCUGGAGAAAAGGGCAGCUCGGGAUGUCUGGCGGAACAAGUUAGGGAAUGUACAGGUAACGCUCCAAAUCCUCACGGCGCUCAUCGAGAAAGUCCCCCGCGAUCUUCCUAUUUAUGCCCGAUCUGUGAUGACCGUCCUCGAAACCGUCCUACGCUCUGGAGAUCUUUCCAUGGUUGAAGAGUCGAUAUCAACGUUCGAGACGUUCUGUCAGCAUCAGGAUAUGGCCGCGCUAUCUGCUGAACAGGAUUUUGUCAGUCAAUACCGGGAAGUCGUGCGGACGUAUGCAGAUUUCGCAGGCCAGUCCAAGUCCGUUUCUCAAUUGAAGACUGUACCGACUGGUCCGAUGGUAAUACGUUGGAGGACCGCGGGAUUGCGAGCGAUCAAAGGUGUGGUUAGUUCCGAAGCAGGUCUCGCAGCGGAUGGCGGAGAUUCACUGAGGAUCCUUCUCCCGGUCAUUCUGGAAUGUCUUUACAAUGGUGACGAGAGCCUGCUGCUGUCCCUCGAGCUCCGGCUGCACGAGUCGGAGAAGAACGAGCCGGCGCUUGGUCGACGACGGCGGGUCAGUACUGCAACCGUGCAGACAGUUGACGCGGUGGAUGCAGAUCCUGCAUUGGCGUCACAGUCUGCGGCCGACGUUGACAGGCAGGCGGACAUGGACAUGCGUUUGCUUGCUCUCCGUUGCUUGGAACGCAUAGUCGUGACCGGGAGCAGCCGUGGUCAGAUCCGCGUCGCUACGAAAGUGGUGCUACAAUUCAUCCUGAGCAACGGCCCAUUAUCCGAAGGUGGCAAUAGACCUAUGCAUAUGGAUUCGACGGGCGGCUGGGCUACGUCUUUAGUAGAACUCGUCGCCAAGUGGUGUCCCGUUCAAGUCCGUUUCAUCAUCUUGGUUUCGGCAAUGGAGAUGUUGCUCGAGGGCCAGCCCACAGAAGAGACCCUGCGACGCUCGUACGCCCUGAUAUACUUGAUCGACUGGUUGCUCAAAUCCCCUGUAAACAUGAUAGGUCUUAGUGUUAUUGACAUUCUGUUGGGUCUGAUGCAAUUCAUGUCGACCCUCUUAUCGCACCCAGCCAGCGCGAAGUCUGCGGAAGAAGGACUGGACGAGAAGUCGAACGAUCACAACGUGGUUUUGUCCGCUGAGAAAUUGGAGGCGCUUGCGCUACUUCAGAGGACUAUCGGAGACCUCACGACACAUAUUUACUACGGUGAUCAGGUUGUCGAUAUGGUCAGGACGAUCCUGACUCACGUGAAGCCAUCCAUCGACAAUAAACUCUCACCUGCCGCGGCCUUAGCGAAUCAGUCAGAUAAUACGGAGGGUAGUACUAAUUCAGCUGGGUUCUCUGGAGAGGUGAAUGCGGCGGCCUUCUCGCUGCCUAUUGCAAAAGUGACAGCGCUUAAGGCGAUCAAGGAUAUUCUCUCAGUAGCCAAUUCGAACAGACAUACAGCCGCUGGCGUGGAGACUCGGAACCCUGUGGGCAUACAUGCCUGGGAAGGAACACAGUGGCUUUUGCGUGAACCUGACAGGGAGAUUCGCCUCGCGUAUAUCGAUGCCUUCCUCACAUGGUUGACGUUGGAAACGACUCAGGACGAUAUCAGGGCUAGAUCCGGGCCAGUGAAGGGAACAGGCACCCUCCCAAGACGUGAAUCGCCGGAAGUCACUGAGAAGGCUGACAAGCGACCCUUUAACGUGAGUCAGAGGGAGAAAGUCAUCAUAGCGGCUCAGUUGAACUUCCUCCGACUGUUCCACUUGACCAUAUACGAUAUUGCGCUCGACUGCCCUACAGAUGAGUCCGAGAUUCUCCUACUUCAUCUCCUUCUCACAAGCCUUGUGGAACGACUCGGGGUCAAUGCCGUCAGAUUUGGGCUGCCCAUGGUCCUAAAGCUUCAAGAGGAUUUGGAAUCUGUGCAGUCCUUGCGUUCUCCAACUGCCAAGGUCAACAUCGGAAGCUUGGUCCAUGCAUAUCUGUGGGCGAUGUGCGAAAAGUUUGAGUUGGAGAGCUACAGAGUUAGCAAUACGAUUAGGAUAGAGAUUGACAGGCGGAAGCAAAAUGGCCUUUGGCUCGACAGGGUGCGUAUACCUGCCAUUCGUAUCGACGAUAUCAUCGAAUCGAGUGAGAAGUCUCAAUGCAACGGCGAUGCCGUGGUGCAAGGCCAGCUCAUCCCUUUCAAGGCCGGUAUUGAGGAACUUGUCAACAGAAUUGAGGAGGUUUAUAAUUCCUCCAUGACCUCACCCGCUCACAGCCCUCCGGCAUCACCCGGACACAACUAUGCUCUUCCCCUCCUGGGACAUGGAGCCGCGACAGCUAAUUCUUUCAAGUGCAAUUUGCCGUCAUCUGUCAAAGAGCAAAUGCUUUCACCAUGGUCCAGAGAGGCUUGUCUAGCGGCCGCUGAGAAGGAGAAAGCAGAGGCCAUGUCUAUCAACGGAUCAAGACAUGGUACACUAGGGUUGCGUAACUACGCCACCCUGAAUGGCGCCGGUAAUAGCUCUCAUUCCAUUGCUACGUCGGCGCAUCAGGGCGCCUUCGGUGCUGCAGCAGGUCUACAACAUCUCCGACGCACGAGCAUACCUGACUCGCAGGGUACACCUGUCAACGGCUCGGGCAGAGAGUCACCAGUGCGCGUCAACGAACUGAGGCGGGCUCUUUCUGUGAAUGUGGAGGGUAAUGCUCGCCGGUUGAGCCCACUCCGCGGGCGGCUGGGUGCUUCAAAUGGCAGUAUUGUCUCCUCGAGUAGUGAGAGCAUGGUCAGUGGCUUUUCGUUGUCUGAAUAUGAUCCGGAUGGCAACUCAAUCAGACCACAGUCCAUUCGGGAUGGUCGAUUGUCCACCAACGGAGACGGCAUGGAAACCCCCAAAGCCUCUUCCAUUGCUGUUAACGGCGGCCAGCCUCGACAAUCUUCAUUGUCGUACAACUUGCAGUCUGAUGGCAUUCCUCCGGUGCCGCCGAUCCCGCCAUCUAUAAGUCUCCCCGGAGGGCUUUCAAACGGCGCUCAGCGUUCAUUCGCGAAUGGCGAGCGACCCUCGACCGCUCCCGGGCCCCGUCAGGUUUUCACCAACGGGAACCAAGGGGCAUUCUCUGGGGAUAACGAGAGAACCCUGAGCAGACACAAGAGCCGUUCCAGCACUGGUCUUGCGGCCGCAGCUAAUUCUGAGAAAGCUUCCUAUGUGGCUGACGGAGGUCCUGCAGACGCUGCCUUGCGUCGUGACGUGCAGAACCUCAUCAACGGAUUUCUGUCGCCGAUGGAUGCCGAGUUGCGGCACGGUGGUACCAAUGCCCCUGGCCGGAGAGCCAGAAGCACGCACGGUGGCAGAAGGAGGGCGACUGGAGGAAUUGGACGCCCUCCUUAUUAG